CUUUGGACUCCUCCACACCAUGAUUCUCAGACCUGCCUGCAACAUGCUCGCAGUUGCUUGGCUGUUGAUUUGCCUGCGCCUGGAUUCUGCUUGUGCUGAACCUGUCUCUGUAUCUGAUCUUCAAUCCACCUCAACAGAGUCCAGUCACCGCAGCCAAGAUCUCUGUCAGCAAUAUGCUGAGAAUGGUCUGGACAUGUGCACGAGGGCACACUUCUGCUGCCAGUCAGGGAUGGAUGAAAAUGGUUGGAUCCUCGCUGCUAUUGGUUGGAGCCUCUGGUUCCUCACACUUAUUCUCAUCUGUGCGAAUAAAGUAUCGAAACUGAAACCUGAGGACAGAGAGAAGCAGAUCCCAUCUUGAGACACAGAACACAAGAGAGAAACGACAAAGUGGGAGGGAGUAAAAGAUGCCAAUCCAUGAUUAAAGUCAGGGGGUUCAGACCGCCACCCACAUCCUCAGCUCUCUUGCCUGUAUUACAACAGAGCAGCGAUUUGAGUGGUCACAGGCAACAGAAACUAAGUGAAAUAGAACCACGACAAGAACAGUUUCUUGAAAUACAACAGAAAAAUGGGUGGCAGAUUUUCAGCAUUCCUAUGCUUGCUUACCUUCAAACCGGACAGUGCAUAUUACGGGGAAGGUCACCAAAUAGUAAUUAAUAAUUAAAUGAUGCCCUAUUGUUAUGAACAUUCCUACAAGUGCCAAUAAUGUAAAUGCUUUUGCUAUUGUACCCAUUCAUACUUUUUAACACCUUAAUCAGGUCUCCUCUCAUCUCCAUGGUCUGUCCAUCAUGGACAAGGCCAUCUCUGACCACUUCUUUAUCUCCUUCUCCUCCCAUAUCCUCCUGCCCUCCCCCAAGCCCUAUUCCAUCUUUUUCUGACCAUGGAAAAAGCUUCCGCCCGAGUCCCUCACAAAUGCCCUCUCAUCUUCAGAUCUUCUCUCCCGCUGGCCUUCCACUCACAGCGAUCCUGAUGCAGCCGUCAAGUUCCUAAACGAUUGCCUCUCCUAAUUCCUUUGUUCCCCUGAAAUCCAGAAUCAUCUUCAAACCUACCCACUCCCCCGGUACAAUAGUCAUCUCCGUUCCCUCAAAUCCUAUUCUCCACCACCAACCACCUCCUCCACGCUCCCCAUCAAGCAUGCUCAAUCCUAACAUCUAAUGCCAAGUGCAAAGAGGUCUUGAAUUUCUUUAUCUCGAAGAUAGACAACAUCCACCUGACCACUUCCUCCUCCUGCCCCAUAUCCCCCCAGCCCCCCACCCACUUUCCUUCCCCAUCACACUUCUGCUCCCACGGCUCCUACAAAGGCCUAUCUCUCUUUCCUCCCUCUCAUCCUCCAUCACCCACAUGAAAUCCAUCAUCUGCUGCCAUGACCCCCACCCCACCCAGCUGCUGCCCCAACUCCCCUCCUCUGCCCACUGCUGACAGACACGAUAAAUUAGCCUCUCCUCAGGCUCAGGCCCACUCCCUCUCAAAACAACUGUCAUCACACCCUUCAAAAAAGCAACUCUCGAUCUCUUCAACCUCGUGCACUACCGUCCCAUUUCAAACCUGCCCUUCCUGGCCAAAGCCCACACUUCGCUCACACCU